CACCCCCCGCGCGGUUGCCGUGGAGACCGAGCGAGCUGUGGAUGCGGAGAAGCGCAGAGGCUUGGCCUUCGCCGUCUGCCUGUCCAGGGGACUCACAGGACCGACGCCAACAUGAUGCUCUCACGGGCCAAACCUGCUGUAGGCGGGGACCUCCCCCACACGGACAAAAGGAAGAAGAAGGGCAGGAAGAUGCCAAAGCUGGAGGAGCUCCUGUCACAGAGAGAUUUCACCGGAGCCAUCACCCUGUUGGAGUUCAAACGUCAUGUUGGGGAACAAGAAGAGGAUACUAAUUUGUGGAUUGGAUACUGUGCUUUUCACCUGGGUGACUACAAGAGAGCUUUGGAGGAAUAUGAAAAUGUGACAAAAGAGGAAAAUUGCAAUCCUGAAGUCUGGGUGAAUCUAGCCUGUACCUACUUUUUUCUUGGAAUGUAUAAGCAAGCUGAAGCUGCUGGAUUCAAAGCUCCAAAAAGCCGACUUCAAAACCGCCUCCUCUUUCAUUUGGCUCACAAGUUUAAUGAUGAGAAGAAGUUGAUGAACUUCCAUCAGAAUCUUCAGGACAUCACAGAAGAUCAGCUCAGUUUGGCCUCAAUCCACUAUAUGCGAUCUCACUACCAAGAAGCUAUUGAUAUUUAUAAGCGAAUUCUGCUAGAUAACAGGGAAUACCUUGCCCUUAAUGUUUAUGUGGCUCUGUGUUACUACAAGUUGGAUUACUAUGAUGUGUCUCAAGAAGUUCUGGCUGUUUACCUUCAGCAAAUUCCUGAUAGCACCAUCGCACUCAAUCUUAAGGCCUGUAAUCAUUUUCGUCUUUACAAUGGCAAAGCAGCUGAGGUUGUCUUCCGAGGAGGUGAAGGGGCUUUGCAGGUUUUGCCUCCCCUGGUUGAUGUCAUUCCUGAAGCAAGGCUAAACUUAGUGAUUUACUACCUUCGUCAAGAUGAUGUACAAGAAGCUUAUAACUUAAUCAAGGAUCUGGAACCUGCUACUCCUCAGGAGUAUAUCCUCAAAGGAGUGGUCAAUGCAGCCCUUGGCCAGGAAAUGGGAUCGAGGGAUCAUAUGAAAAUUGCCCAGCAGUUCUUCCAGUUGGUGGGAGGAUCAGCUAGUGAAUGUGAUACAAUACCAGGGAGACAGUGCAUGGCGUCCUGUUUCUUCCUGCUCAAGCAAUUUGAUGAUGUCCUGAUUUACCUCAACUCAUUUAAGAGUUACUUCUAUAAUGAUGACAUCUUUAACUUUAAUUAUGCACAAGCCAAAGCUGCAACAGGCAAUACCAGUGAGGGUGAAGAGGUUUUCCUUUUAAUACAAAGUGAGAAGUUAAAAAAUGAUUACAUUUACCUCAGUUGGUUAGCUCGAUGCUAUAUAAUGAAUAAGAAACCAAGACUAGCCUGGGAACUUUAUCUCAAGAUGGAAACCUCUGGCGAGUCCUUUAGCCUCUUACAGCUCAUUGCUAAUGACUGCUACAAGAUGGGCCAGUUUUACUAUUCCGCCAAAGCCUUUGAUGUCCUAGAGAGGCUGGAUCCUAACCCUGAAUAUUGGGAAGGCAAGAGGGGGGCCUGUGUGGGCAUUUUCCAGAUGAUCUUAGCUGGGCGAGAACCCAAAGAGACCCUUCGAGAAGUGCUCCAUCUACUGAGAAGCACGGGUAACACCCAAGUAGAGUACAUCAUCCGGAUCAUGAAGAAAUGGGCCAAAGAGAACAGGGUGCCUGUCUGACGUCCCUCCGGAGCCUAGGGAACCAGUCACUGCUUUGACAGGAAAUUGGGAAUCAUUUUCCUUGAAUUUAAUGUAAGAUGCAGGACUCUAUUUUAUUGACGUUUUCCUUCCUUGUUCUUCAAGCCACAAGACUAGUGACUGCUUAGACUUGCCUCCUGGCUGAACCAAGUGCCAUAGUCUGUGCUGUGGCCCCUGUGUGAUCUAACCCGCAAUAAGACUUUGAACUUAUCUGGUGCCUUUCUUCCAAAAAUACUCAGAAUACUGUCAUGUAAUUUACUGACUUUAAGGAGAACAGCAUAGCUUUGUUCUUACAUUUACAUUCUAUGGCGUUUUCUCCAAGCUGCAAUACAAAUGUCAUUAAUGCUCAAGAGUCACCAUCAUCCUAUUAUCUUAUUUUCAGCUGUCUCUGUACACUACCCCUUGUUACUGGGGAAUUCCAUAAAGAGUUUUGUAAUGGGUCUCUGAAUCUUGGGAGAACAGAAGUUAAAAUAGCUAGAUGAUUCUAAGAAUGUCAGUAAGAACCUUUAUCAAGCUGCCCGUUCAUUAAUAGAUAAUAGGCUUCGGGGUUAAUCUUUCAGUAACUGAAUUCUCGAUGAUAAUAACAUGUUGCAGUGGACUAACAUUGCAGUUUUUUAAAAGGUGAGUGCUAUGAAAAAAAUCUGUUAAGGAACUCUCAUUUGUCAUUUCUUCAUUAUAUUUUAGGUAACAAAACAGGUUAGGUUUUCCCUUCGUGUAUCUUGCUGAAUAAACAUCAAUUUUGAAAGUAGGGCUGCAAAGGCUAUGUGUGUGCAUUACGGCCAUGUAUCAAUGUAAUGAUGUAGAACAUGGGUGUGUAGAGCCCUUUGAGGGAUUUCCUAAUGGCUGGGCUCUAUCCUAAGUAAUAUCCCAGCUCCAUGUUCUGAGCUUUCUCCACGUAAACCUAUUAUACAAGUGAGCAUUCUUAGGCUAUUUUCAGAAAAUAGACCUGCAUAUUUUUAUGUACCGGAUUACCUUUGUUUCUACACCAUAUUUUUUUCUUUGAGUUUAAGGCACCCAGUAUUACAGGUGUAGGAAGUGCAGAGCCGUCUCUAUGGAUGAAGAAGGUGUAUAGACUAGAGAUGGGAACAUGGAAGGAGUCAAAGCAGCCAAAGAGAGAUGAUCCAAGACCUCAGAUACUUCUGAACAGUUGCAAAGGUUCUUUCAGCUCUACUCAGGAAGAUGACCAGUUUUCUUGUCUUUUAUCUUAGACCCAGAUCUAAGCAGUUCAGAGCACAAAUAAAGGAACUGGCCUGAAUAACUGAAUUUUAGAAAAAAAAGUUACCUCCUUUUCAUAUGAUAAAGCUCCUGUUUCCUCAAUACGUUGUUCCUACAUUUUUAAUAAUUGGUUUUCAGCAUCCAAAGUACUAGGUGCAUCAGAUCUGAGAAGAACCCACUAUAAUUUUUAGAAUCCUUCUUGUUAUUCUUAAAAGAUUAGGAAAAGUAAUAGUGGAAAAAAGAUGGAACUCCUCAGUGGCUUUUGGCGAUGAAAUGUGCCUUCUAGUUAAUUGCUGUUAUUUUCAAAUUCCCUAUAUUUGAAAAGCUUUCCCACUGAUGGUGAUUUACUUUUAAAUGAGCUUUUAUUGAAUUUAAUACUUCUCCCUGUGUUUUUCUGUCUUUUUUGGGGGGUAGGAUCUGAUAUUCCAAAAAUAGCAAUUCCCAGAAUUUUAAACUAAUUCUUAAAAAGUUUUCAAUCUAUAGAAUUGAACAAAAACCAAACAAAACCAAAAACCAUAAAGACUAGUUUAGGAAAGAUACCAUCCAGUUCCGCCAUUCAGGAUAACUACUUCUAAAAGGUCUUGAUAUGGUCUGAAGACUGCAGAGUGGUUUGCACAACUGCUUUUCUCCAUGUGACGAUACAGGAGAAAGGUAGGUCCAGGCCUAGGAAUGUUGUAUAACGUGUGCAGUUCAUAGCAUCUGAAAGGUUAGCAUGGUUGUGGUGCACGGGCAGGCUAAAUAGCCAUCUCAGAUGGUGGAAAAAGAAGAAUUGAAUUUAUUUAAGGAAAGGGGUUGGGGGAUGGGGGGUGGGAUAUCCUAAGGGAAGGGCUACACAGCACCAAGCCAAGGGACAUUGGGGCGAUGAUGGCAACACUCAGGAGCUGGAGUUCAUCCUUAUAUGCAGUCACUGGCGGGAAGCUCUUGUCGUCAGUGGGUUUGGGGGCUGAAUCGGUGGGCUUGGAAUGUGGAUGGAAUGCAGGUGUGCGAUCAGGUGUCUUCAGGACAGUUUCAGUUCCUUUUAUGGUCUGAUUCCUGGUGUCAAGCAAGUUUGUCCCCCUCCCUGGUCUCUGUUCUCAAAUGGCCGUUAAGUAUCAUAUAGCCCUAACAGCAUCCAGGUAGUAUUUAUAGUCUGCAGAAGAUAUUACUUGCAAAUGUAAAAAAAAAAUUACAAUUAUUUUUGUACUUCAAAAUAAUAAUUGUACUGUAACAUAUUAAAAUUAAAGUUUAUUAUUUCGUUCUUAUUAUGAUAUU